UGGGAUUAGUUGUGUGGUUGCUGAAGUUCAGAAAAAAUUUUAACAAAGAAAAUAUCGCAUCAAAAUGCAGAUACUAAAUAUUGUGUGUCCAAUAUGUACAGAAGUUUUCAAAAAUGCCGAUGAUAUUUAUAGCACCAGUUGUGGACAUAUUUUUCACUUAUCCUGCAUGAGCGACUGGCAAAGGCGAGGAACAAGUUGCCCCCAGUGUCGUCAUUACAAUCCAACAACCCAUAAACUGUAUUUAAGUUUUGAUGAUGCAGAAGAAAGUUCGGAAAAACUACAAGAAAUUGAGUUGAAGCUGAAAAGUUCAAACGAAAAAAAUGCACAACUUCUUGAUCAAAUGAAUGAAACCGAAUUAAAUUUUUUGCACAUUCAGGAACAGUAUACAACAUGUGAACAGGCAAGAAGAGAUCUUGAGGAGAGAAUCAGACAAAUGUUUGAUAGUGAAGACAACUUUUUACAUCUUCAGGGACAGUACACGGAAUCGUCGGAACUAGUUAAAGAACUGCAAGAUCAGAUACAAGUAUUGUCAAUUGAAAAUGAAUGCAAAGCCAAAGAGCUGAGGUUAAAAUGUUUGGAAAUUGAAUCGUUGAAAGCUGGGUUGGAGCCCGGACAGAGGACAUUGACUGAUAGCAUUCUAAGUGAUAAAAUAAGGAUUUUAGAACAGAAAUUGAAACAUAUAUCAGCUGAGUUCGAAAAGGAAAUAAAAAAUAGUACUCAACUAUCGAUAGAAAAAAUGAAGUUGCAAAGUUACGUUGACCACUUAAAAUCUGUGGAGAAUACAAAAGAAAACGUUCAAAAACAAACUUGUAAAGAAAAUUUGGUGAAAAAUCGCCCGAAUCAGAAAAAUGCAAAUGUAAUGAAGAAACUGAAUACAAAUAAAACUUCAAAUCAAGUAAAUAAUGAUACAGCCAAUUGUGUCUUUAUAAAAGCCCUUCCUUUAGAUCAACUUACAAUACCUGUUGAAAAUGUUAUUAUCAGCCUGGCAUCAAAAAUGUCUGUCUCCAUAUCUCCGGAGGAUCUGGUUAAAGUAAAUGUUGUUAAUAAUAGCCAAGAACAAAAAUCAUCGAAUGUCCAAUUGUUGGUUGAAUUUAAAAGUAAUCAUUUAAAAUCUAAAUUUCUUUCAAAUAAACAAGUUUUGAAAAAUUAUCCAUCUACCAAUUCUAUUACAAUUGGAAAUUAUGUCAGCGAUGAACUCCAUUCACUGCUUAUGUAUGCUAAGAUAAAGCUUAGAAAUAAUGGAUUCAAUCAUAUUUUUUAUAAAAACAAUCAUGUUAUGGCAAAGAAACAUCAUAGUGAUCCUAGGUGUAUACGCAUAAUUAAUAAAGCCCAUGUGGACAGUUUACAAAAUAAUAAAAAUGUAGAAUCGGAAACAACUCCUCCAGCCAAACAAAAUAAUAAAAAUGUGGAAUCGGAAACAACUCCUCCAGCCAAACCUAAUGAAUGUAAUAUUGAUGAAAAUUACUAUCAACUAUAAGUGCCAAUUGUUUUUCUUUAAUAUGUAUGUUCAUUACUUUUUAUAUUCUAUAUUACUACUAAUAAAAAAUAAUAUAUAUUAUAACUUCUAAAAA